GCCAUUGCAAGAACAAAAUACAACGGAACAGGUGUAAGAAGAAUUGCUGUUUCCACUUUGAUGACCACAGUUGUGUUGCUGCAGCAUAGUCCGCCUUGAUUGAGAGGUUUAAAGGGGCUGUACUCCGUAUGAUGAAAUAGGGAAAACUGACAUAAAGUUGUAAGCGAGUGUGACCACGAUCGAGAGGGACAUGUUACUGUUCGCCUGAUAUGAUCUUCUCAUAGAAGGAAUAAUGGAAUUGCACAAAAAGCACACACCAUACAGUUGUGGAGUAUGUAAUGCUGCUUUUACUAGAAAGAGUAACCUACUAGGUCAUAUGAGAACUCAUACGGGGGAAAAGCCAUACAAGUGUGAAACGUGUGGUAUUGAAUUUGUUUCUAGACAAGCUAUGAAAAACCACUUGCACAAUCACACUGGAGAAUUCACAUGUGAGACGUGUAAUGCUACUUUUACAAGAAAUGAUACAUUAAAAAGGCAUAUGAGAACUCAUACGGGGGAAAAGCCGUUCAAAUGUAAGAUAUGUGACGAGGCAUUUGCGCAUAAAUUUACUUUAAAACUUCACACCAGAACUCACACAGGAGAAAAGCCAUUUAAAUGUGAAAUAUGUGAUGAGGCAUUUGCGCAGAAAUCUACUUUGCAACUCCAUACCCGAACGCAUACAGGAGAAAAGCCAUUCAAGUGUGAAACAUGUGGUGCUGCUUUUACACGCAGGACUCGAUUCCACAGCCACAUGCGAAUACACACAGGGGAAAAGCCAUACAAGUGUGAAACGUGUGGUAUUGAAUUUGUUUCUAGACAAGCUAUGAAAAACCACUUGCACAAUCACACUGGAGAAUUCACAUGUGAGACGUGUAAUGCUACUUUUACAAGAAAUGAUACAUUAAAAAGGCAUAUGAGUACUCACACAGGGGAUAAACCAUAUAUAUGUGAACUAUGCGGCGCUAACUUUGCACGAAAAUAUAAUUUACGGGCCCACGUAUCGGUAACUCAUUUAGGAGAGAAACCAUUUAUUUGUGAAAAGUGUAGUGUUUCCUUUUCAAGGAAAUUUGAUUUACAAAGGCACAUGCGUAUCCACACAGGAGAAAAAAACAAGUGUGAGACGUGAGUUCAUUUUCAAGGAAAUAGUAUGAACAUAAACGUUUGCGAAUUGAAAGUGGAGACAAACAGUUCGUUUGUAAGAAAUGUGGAUUAGCUUUUCACACAAAUAGUAUAAAGAAAAAUAGAAAAGUAACGUGUGUUACAACGCUUUGCUCCAUACGUUCCAAAUACUUGAAUAUUUGUAAAGUCCUUUUUAAGCCAUUUUAGUAAUCUCUCCCCCCCCCAAAUCCUUAUCAGAUGUGUCCUGCUGUAAAGCAGACUUCCCGAAAGUCGUCGGUCCGACGGACAUGACCGGCAAAUUUUGAUCCGGUCCGACGAUAUCUGAACAAAAAUCGGUCCGACUGUCCGGCUAUUUUUUAUUCCCGGUGACCGGGUUUUAUCAUAAAAUCCCGGUAACCGGGUUUUUGCAUGAGGGCCUUAGAAAAACGUUACACAAGUUUUCAUUGUUCGCUUUCGGCACAGUGCCCGUAGAAGAACCAAUCGGUGCGCAUGUUAUAUACUGUCAGUCAUUUGCGCAUCAAACAUGGCUUCUCUAACAUUUUACGAAUGCUAGUUAAUAAAGAGAAAAUUAUCAAUCGAUGAAUGCUCUGAAAGGAAAAUGAAUAUGAAACGAAAUGUCAUCAAAGAAUUAUUUUGCGAAAUGGCAAAGAAAUAGGAAAUGACUUGUUAUUGACAAAGAAAAGCAAGUAAUAACCUGCGAUGAUGAUGGUGAAACUCAAACCUCCAGAAACAGAAAGUUAUGGACACUUUGCUGGCAGAGUCUAGAUGUGCCUGCAUAUAAUCGAACAGACUACACCAGAACCAUUGUCAUCACAGGAGGUUGUCACCCUGUCCAACACUGAAACAGUCCUUACAUCAGGCUCUUGAAAUGGACACUCUCUGUGACAAACAGGACCUUAACCCCGAUAUUGAUGAGGAGUGUUUUGAAUAUCAAGAUCAACUUUUGAAUUUUGACAGAGUGAUUAUGAUAAAGCCUUUAUAAAGAAAUAAGCUGCUAUUGAUGAAUAAAGCAAUGUUAUUACUUUGUUUUUUGUUUCGGUCUGACAGAUUUCCUUUCGGUCUGACAGAUUUUUAUGUCUUGUCAGACCAGAUGUCUGCCACUUUUAUUCAACUUUCGGGAAGUCUGGUAAAGCAAUGCAAGGGUAUGUAUAUCUGGGGAUUAAUGUUAUAAACAAUCUUAACAUACACAGUGAAGUGUCGUUAUACAAUAAUACCGCAUGAAUAAAAACAACCUAACGUAAAGUGGAAACUACGAUGUAAACGACAUAAGUUAAAUUUAUGUCGGCAAGGCAAAUGGUACAAAGCAAAACAAUCAAAACCAGUACAGCUAAUACAGUGUAUAACAAUUAUCACAUACAUACAUAAUUUUAUAUUGAUAAUUCAUGACAUACUUGCCAGCACCAAGGAUAGCCCAAAAGGGGUCCCGGAAAACCUAUUAUUAGCAGUCGGCACCCUUCUCAUUCAACAUUAUUGACGUCACGUGGUAGCUUGGGAUAGGUCUCAAUGUUUGUACCAUGGAGGAUCACGUGAUCAAAAUGGACCAGCGAACAUUAUUAUUGUAAAAUAAAACUAUAAGAUAUGUUCGUGAAAAAAUAAACUGUAUAUGCACACAAUUGUAUAAACUGAUUAACGAAAGAUUAAGAAAGAAGUCAUAGAAUGUGUAUAAAAAAAAUCGAUUUUCGUAAAUUUAGGCUAUUCAGAUUGAUCUUAUUAAUUGAUAGUCCCGCAAAAAACCAUAACGUAUUGACAGCGUUGUAAUAACGUUAACGCUAGCGUAAUGCCAUAACGUACGUUCUUACAACGCUUUGAGUAUGGAUGUUUUCUAAACGUUGUGAAAACGUUACUUUGGCAACCAAUACACCAUCUAUAAAACGUUGCCACAACGUUGUGACAACCAUGCAUUUUAAGUUUAUAACGUAACAACUUUAAAUGAAGAAACUUUCUUAAUCUUUGAAAAUUGUACUUACAUGCAAUCCUAGCUAACAUCAAUUAUUUACUAACAUAUGAAUAUAGCGUAAUGCUACCUAAAAUAAUAAACCCGUUGUGAUAGAUUUUAUCUAGCUGA